AUGGUUGUUAUUGCCAUUUCAAUGGCUCUCACUAUCUCUUUGCUCACCAUGCAACGUAUGGACAAAUCGAUCAACCCCAAAAAUUCAGGAUUUUAUGAGGAUGGGAAACGACUUUCAGCAACUCCUGUGGAAGUACCUCAAUUGAAGAGGAGAACAAGUCGUUUUCUUGCUGAGAAAGAAAGGAACCCUAGGGCAGCCGAUCACUGCCAUAAAGAUAAUGAAAUCUGCAACGUGCUGGAAGGGCGAAACUCGACGUGCUGCAACAACAAGUGCAUAAAUUUAGGUUAUGAUGAUCACCACUGUGGUGCGUGCAAGAGAAAAUGCCGUUUCACAGAGACUUGUUGCAGAGGGGAAUGCGUGAAUUUGUCUUUUGACAAAAGGCAUUGUGGAUACUGCAAUAGUAGGUGCAUGCCCGGUGGAUAUUGUUUCUAUGGCAUGUGUGAUUAUGCUUAA